UCUUAAAAAUAGGAUUUGGAACACAACAAAGAGCUUUGUGUGUUCUCUUUGUUCAAAUCCUCUCUCUCUCUUUAAGAAAAAAAAUCUUAAGGAGAGAGCUUCCGAAUAAAAAAAAAACAAAAAAGAAACAUCAAAAAGAUAUUAUGGCGGAGGGGCAAUCCCCAGAGAACUCACCUCCGUCAUCUACACCUCCAUCUCCUCCCUCCUCCGACACCACUCAACAGCAAUCUCCUCCGACUCCUGACUCAUCCUCCUCCUCUCCUCCUUCGUCUUCGCCACCAGCUACUACUCCUCCGCCCGAUAAUGCUUCCUCUCCUCCACCGCCGGAUAAUGCUUCCUCUCCUCCACCACCUUCUUCAGACUCACAAUCUCCACCACAAGGCAACAAUAACAACAACAACAACAAUGGUGGAAACAAUGACAACAACAACAACAACAAUAACAAUGGUGGAGGAAGCAACAAUGGUAAUAACAACAACAAUGGGAAUAGCAACAAUGGGAAUAAUAACAACAAUAAUGGCAACAGUGGUGGAGGAAGCAACAAUAAUUCUCCUUCGCCUCCUUCUAGAAACAACAAUGGUGGAGGAAGCAACAAUAACUCUCCUUCCCCGCCAAGAUCGCUAGCUCCUCCUAGAUCAAGCGGUGGUGGCUCAAACUCGUCACGUAACGAUGUUAAUACGGGCGCUAUCAUAGGUAUUGUGGCUGGUGCUGGAUUGUUGCUUCUUGUUAUGAUCUUGUUCUGCGUCUGUUGCUGUCGCAAGAAGAAAAAGAAGCAUCAGAUGCCGUACUACGCAAGCAAUGGCUACGCCACAGGCAAAGGUGGGGGUGAUCAAUACCAACAACAGUACAACCAAAGCGGUCAUGUAAUGAAUAUGUCUGGUCAAUAUUCUGGAUCAAACCACGGUAAUAACAACUGGAUGAAUUCGCCACCUCCACCACCACCUGGAAGCUGGCAACCAUCUCAACCACCCGUCUCAGGAGGUUUAAACAGCAGCGAGAUCUACUCAGGUCCGCACGGUCCGGCUCUACCACCACCUCACCCUUCAGUGGCUCUAGGUUUCAACCAGAGCACAUUCACCUACGACGAGCUAGCUGCAGCAACUCAAGGCUUCUCUAAAGAUAGACUGUUAGGGCAAGGUGGUUUCGGGUAUGUUUUCAAGGGAAUACUUCCCAAUGGUAAGGAGAUCGCUGUGAAGAGUCUUAAAGCGGGAAGUGGACAAGGAGAGCGAGAGUUUCAAGCUGAGGUCGAGAUCAUUAGUCGAGUUCACCAUCGGUUCCUUGUGUCUCUUGUUGGGUAUUGUAUUGCAGGAGAACAGAGGAUGUUGGUUUAUGAGUUCUUACCUAAUGACACACUUGAGUUUCAUCUCCAUGGUAAAAAUGGUACCAUGCUUGAUUGGCCUACAAGGCUCCAGAUUGCUUUGGGAUCAGCUAAAGGGCUUGCUUACUUGCAUGAAGAUUGUCAUCCAAGAAUCAUUCAUAGAGACAUUAAAGCUUCAAACAUCCUGCUUGAUGAAACAUUUGAAGCCAAGGUUGCUGACUUCGGUUUAGCAAAGCUGUCUCAAGACAACGUUACACAUGUGUCCACUCGUAUCAUGGGAACUUUCGGGUACUUGGCUCCAGAGUAUGCGUCAAGCGGGAAACUAACAGACAGGUCAGAUGUUUUCUCCUUUGGAGUGAUGCUUCUUGAGCUCAUAACCGGACGUCGACCUGUUGAUCUCACUGGUGAAAUGGAAGACAGCUUGGCUGAUUGGGCAAGACCCUUAUGCUUAAACGCAGCUCAGGAUGGAGAUUACAGUGAACUAGUUGAUCCACGUCUCGAGAACCAAUACGAGCCUUAUGAGAUGGCAAGAAUGGUGGCUUGUGCUGUUGCAGCCAUCAGACACUCAGCCAGACGCAGGCCUAAGAUGAGCCAAAUUGUUCGAGCUCUAGAGGGAGAUGCAUCGUUAGAUGAUCUAAACGAAGCGAAGCCUGGACAAAGUGCACUCUUCGGAAGGGGUUCAAGCUCGGACUAUGACUCGGGAAGUUACACUGCGGAUAUGAAGAAGUUCAGGAAAGUGGCGUUGGAUAGCCAGGAGUAUGGUGCAAGCAGUGAGUAUGGGAACACGAGCGAGUACGGUCUUGACCCGUCUUCCUCGAGCAGCGAGGAGGCUCGUAGGGGAGGAGCUAACAACAACAAAACAACUCCUAACCGAGAGUUUUGAUUUAGCUGUUAGAUUCAAACAAUUCAAUCCUUGCUGUGUUUUUGUGUGUUUUGUUUCCUUGUGGAAUCUUUAAACUUUUUUUAAUUUUUUAUUUUCGUGUCAGAUUCUGACCGUUAAUGUGUUUGUGUCUGUGAAGAAGUAUUCAAACAUUUGAUUGAUAAACUA